GACCUGGGUGAAUCUGCAGAAGCCGGUGAGGAUCUGGGUCCUGCAGAAGUCGAUGAGGAUGCCACCGCCGCCGAUGAGAGCAGAGCAGAGGUUGAAGGCAUGCCGCCUGUGACCAUGGAUGACGUGGAGGACUCGGAUUGGGGAAGCUCUGACAAUCGCUUUGCUGGCGGGGAGAUGCUCAAGGGACUCCACUGGAAUGCCAAGCUUCACGAGUAUGUGGACUCAUCGGGCGAUGUACCCCAUACUCUCUGGAAUACCCGAGACCAUUGGAAAUUCGACGACGACUACGAUGUCGACAAGGUUUCCGGCCUCCACGGUCACUUCAUUGAUGCGGGCGAGGUCACUUCGAACCUGCACGGCUUGCACUGGGACUCCCACCGCCACACUUACGUGGACACAUCGGGCAAG